AUGGGUGCAAGGGCCCCUUUUGAUUCGAGGGCCCGCCUCAGCGCCAGUGUCGACUGCACCGCGCAUGCGCGAUCGGCGGAUCUGGUGCUGUCUGUGGUCGCGGCGGUCCUCGCGUACUACUUCCGCGACAGGAUCCGGGCCGAGUUCGGCCUGCACGAGUGGCUCCCGUUCCUCUUCGCGGGCCGGCGCUCCGCGGGGGAACACACCUUCCAGGUGUGCGUCUGGAAGGUGGACUCGCGGACGCAUGCGGAGCUGGACGAGGAGGAGGAGGAGCCCGCCGCCGGAGGCGUGGUCGCCCGCGGCAUGCAGGCCAUGGGCAUCCCGACCUUCAGCGGGGUGGGUCCGCUGCGGGCGAAGGGCUACAAGGCGCUCUUCGGACAGGGCGGCACCGUGCUGCCCGAGUCGAUCUCCGUCCGCCUGUGCUACGGGGGCGAGGAGCUCCAGCGCACGCGGAGCCAACAGGCCGGGAGCGGCGGCAUGUUCUCCGACGUGUACCUCUUCCAGGAGAACUUUACCUUGAGCCUCGAGAGGCGCCCCGGCACGGUGUUCACCGUCGAAGUCCAGGGCAAGACCAGCCAGGGGGCUGACUUCUCGAGCGCCGUCAACUUCGUGGCCGACAGGCUCGACAGGGCCUUCCAGCGCAGCAGCGAGGCGGCCUGCAAGCCCGGCUACGUGAUGGACCAGCGCAUCGCGGAUACCCAAGUAGUCAGGAUGAGAAGCUCCCGGGUGGACGAGAGGGUCAUGACAAACCUCGGUUUCCACCAUUACCCUGGGAGCAGCGGAGGAGAGAUUUGGCUCGCCUUCUGCGACAUGGAGGAGGAGGAAGCCGCGUCGAACUGGCCCGCCUUCUGA